GGUAAACGAACAUCUGUCAUCAUCAUCUUCCCCAAACUUCCAAUUCGUGGAUUCCAAUUUCCAAAGAUGUUAAUUUGUUAAUUGAAGCUGCUGCUUUCGGGAUUACUCUCUCUGAUUUCCAAAACUAGAAGAAGAUUCUUUAUGGAAGAAGAUCUCUCAAACGAAGCUGGGGUCGAAAUGGAUGAAGAAGAAGAAGAAGAAGCAAAGGAAAUGUUAGCUCCUCUCCCAAACGAAGUGGUGGUCGAAAUCCUCAUAAGACUCCCUGUGAAGUCACUGGUGAGGUUCAGGUGCGUUUGUAAGGACUGGUGUUCUCUAAUCUCCAGCAACGCCUUCAUCGCCGCCCACACCAACCGAGCUCUCUCUCGAAGCGGUGACAACAAUACGAGCAGCCGACUUCUAUUUCGGUACGGACAAGUGAUUUUCUUUAAUAUUCUAGGACAUAGACAAUUCGAGCACUUUAGUCUGCGCUCUGAUGAUGGAUCAUUUGGUAACUUAAUCCGGUUGAAAUACCCACAUCAAGGUGCUUUCUUCGAUGUUUAUUACAACAUAGUGGGCUCAUGGAAUGGCCUAAUCUGCUUUGCUUUUGAUCACCCUGCUCACAGCGCCUAUAGGCUAUGGAACCCUUCCAUUCAUAGAGCUCUAAGCCUUCCAGAGCCUAACUUCACGGUCUCAUCACACGGCAUUUAUAAGCAUUUCCAUGGAUUUGGGCAUGACCCAUCUACCAAUGAUGUUAAGCUGGUCAGACUUGCAUAUCAUGGACUUCAUUUCAAGGUUCUGGUCGAGAUUUAUACGCUUAACACUGGCUGCUGGCGACCCAUUGCUGCCCCUGCUCCAUCAUAUAUUGUCAAUGAGCGUUGCUUAUCCGUUUUUGUCAAUGGGGCAUCCCACUGGGUCGCCCAUACUCCACCACAUGAGCACACUUUUCGCAAUGUGAUAGUGGCGUUUGAUAUGGGUGAUGAAGUUUUUCGUGAGAUUGAAGUACCCAACUGCUUUGUUGGGAAGUUGUAUUUGAAUAUGACUGUUGCGGUGCGUGAUGGAUUACUUUGUCUUGUCCCAUUUAAUGAACAUGAGCAGGAACAGUCUUUUUCUAUAUGGAUCAUGAAAGAGUAUGGCAUUGGAGAAUCUUGGACUAAGCUAUUCAACAUUGAUAUCAGUCAAGGAUUAAAGAGGGUAGUAGCUUUCAGGAAAAAUGGUGAAGUUGUAGUUACUGACAGAAAUGGGGAGCUUCUUUCGUACGAACCAAAUAUCCAACAAGUAACUCAGCUUGGAUUUCGUAAAUAUUCAUACUCGGGAAAUAAAAAUGGGUUUGUGGAGAGAUGGUUUUUUUUGGAUAAAUACUUGGAGAGCCUUGUUCUACUAAAUGCAUAAAAUAGAGUCUCGGGGCGGCUGGCAUAUACUUCUGAUUCAAGUGCAAGAAAAAUAGGAAGAAAAGGUAACAACCAUGACGACAAUGAAGAUGAGAGUGAGUAAUGAGUAUGAAGACGUGGACACGUAGUUGUUUGACUAUUUGUAGAGAUAGGUGCUGUAAUGGAGUAUUCUCAUGGCUAUUUGGACAAUACUGAGUAAAUGUUUGGAUGCUUGGACAGAUUAUGUUUUUUCCUAGAAAAUCAAGCUUUGUAGAUAAUCGCUUGUUGUCUAAACAUAUUCUAUAAUCUAUAUGGUUAUGUUUCCAUAACAUUAGGUUGUGUUGUACUGUGAUGGGAUUCCUGUUGACAAUGAUGAUUUUAAUAGCUAUUGUUUCGUUUGGUGUGAUGAUUUAUCACAUUUUACAUU